UAACUGCCCUGCGGACUUUCCUAGAAAGAGAGAGAGAUAAAGAGGGAGAUAGAGAGACGGACACAGCUCUGUAAUUGUAAUUGUAAUUGUAGUCUAUAGCGUCUACUCUGCUGCUCCAAUUUUUGUCAACUUUUUCUAUUUUGAAUAAUUGAAACCCCACAACGGUGCGUGUGGUUUCCAUUUCUGUGGCGACUCUCGCUUCGCUUCGUUGUCUUAUAAACCCUGCCGUGAUCUCCAGAAUGGCCGCAGUCUCCGCCGCUGGAUCCGCCGCCGCCGUUAGCUCCUGCCGAGUUUUUCCCCGUAUAGUCUUCAAUUCCAGCCAUGUUUUCUUGCCGUUCAAGCCUCCAGGAUCUCUCAGUCUGCAAUGCCGAUCCCUCCACUCCGUCUAUUCAUCAGGGAUAAAGGCUCAUGUGGCCACUGUAGAACAAUUUACUACUGAAGCAGAACAGAAAGCCGAGGGUCCUGUUGUUGUUGUUACUGGAGCCUCCAGAGGAAUCGGGAAAGCUAUUGCUUUGGCUCUGGGGAAAGCUGGUUGUAAGGUUCUGGUUAAUUAUGCGAGGUCUUCCAAGGAGGCCGAAGAAGUUUGCAAAGAGAUAGAGGUUUCUGGUGGUCAAGCUCUUAGUUUUGGUGGAGAUGUCUCAAAAGAAGCAGAUGUUGAGUCAAUGAUGAAGACUGUAAUUGAUACAUGGGGAACACUAGAUGUAAUGAUCAACAAUGCAGGAAUCACGAGGGAUGGUUUGUUGAUGAGAAUGAAGACAUCUCAAUGGCAGGAGGUCAUUGAUCUCAAUCUUACCGGGGUGUUCCUUUGCACGCAGGCUGCAGCCAAGAUUAUGAUGAGAAAGAAGAAGGGAAGGAUAAUAAAUAUUUCAUCUGUUGUUGGCAUUGUCGGAAAUGUUGGGCAAGCCAAUUAUAGUGCUGCAAAAGCUGGGGUAAUUGGGUUCACAAAGACAGUUGCUAAGGAGUACUCAAGCAGAAACAUUACUGUAAAUGCAGUUGCUCCUGGGUUUAUUGCAUCUGAUAUGACUGCCAAGCUGGGAACAGACUUUGAGAAAAAGAUACUGGAGGCAAUUCCAUUGGGAAGGUAUGGCAAACCAGAAGAGGUGGCUGGGCUUGUGGAAUUCUUGGCCCUUAAUCCUGCUGCUGCUUAUAUCACUGGACAGGUAUUAAAGAUUGAUGGUGGUGUGGUCAUGUAGAGACUUUUUUUCGCAGACUCAAGUAGAUGUCCUACUUACAGGCAACAUACCCCAUGAACAACAUUAGGUUGGCUAAGUUUGUACCAAAUUUUGCAGUAUGGUUUGAUUAAAACAUGAAAGUGACUCGUUUCUGGAGGUAACUUUUGGCAGGUGGUAAGAUUACAAUAUAUAAUGAUUUUAAUUGUU